GCAAUUUCUGUUUGUCAGCCAUGUGAUCAUUUUGGGUAUUUAGGCUUGAUGGGGGAAAAACAGGUGCCUAGCAGGAAGCCUGUGAACUGUCUUCUGGAGGAAGCCUUCAAAGUUAGCUGACCACUCUGAUGUAUUCUGAAAAAUGACAUUUUAGCAGAAAUCUUUGUUUAUGAGAGUAAAUGAGUUUUCUUCCAGAAGAGAUAUCUUAGUAGGAUUAAAAAAAAGUUAAAUUUAUCUUCUCUUCAUGCUGAUAGAAAUAUUCAUUGACUAUGGUGUCAGUUCCUCAGAAAGCUACCUCCCAAAAGCCAAGCCAUGGGGCUGGCUGCUUGCUAUCAAAUCCCUUUGCUUCAGUAAACUGAUAUCUUAUUUUCUGUCUUCCUCUAAGUCUCUCGAAGUGGCGCUAUAUCCAUGGCAAAUGGCUGGAUUUAUUAUGACUCCUGGACUAUUCAGCAUGGAUCUGAGUGUGUUUGAAGGGCUGGGACUGGAGAAGGGCUUUGGCUGGAACAGGUCACUGAGACCAUGUAAUUCUUACCAUGGGAUGAUAAAUGGUGUAAUACAUUUCUAAGGGUGAUGUCUGAUGGGGCUGCAAAUCUACAGAGGCACUUGACUUUAAUGCCUUUUGCUGAGUAACUUUUCUUUGAGUUCUGCAGAACAGCUCCGACUUUCCAUCUGACACUGAGAAUUUAAUCAUUGUGCACAAGAAACGUGCUGUGUUAGUGUAUCUCACGAGACCUGAAUUAAUGGUAGUUGCUUUUCUACUUAAAAUAGCCUCUGCACAGAGCUGUGCACCUAGGAAGCUGGAGCAUCAUUUUGGGGAGUACAUGUGACAUUUUGUCUUUGCAGGAAUCAUGUAUCAUAAAUGAAACUGGAGCUGGACUUUACUUCUCCACAGUGUUUGGAUACCUGCUGGUAACUCCCAUGAUUGCUAGUGUUUCUCAGGGUUAAAAAUGGCUAUGGAACCUAUCAGAAGCUGUAAAAGCAAAGGCAAUCUGCCUUACUAGAAGGACAAAUGAGAAGAACCUGUCUCCAAGUGCAAGAUUUUGGGAAUAUGUGUCAGAGAUGCCUGUCAGUUAAACAUCCGUCUUGCCCUAAUUUCUGGAUGGAGUGCUGCAAUGUCGAGUGAAAUAACCUUCCAAGCUGGCUCUGGUGCAGAGGAAGUAAUACGCAAUGAGAAAACUCUCAUCAUCUGUGCAUCAGGGAGAGAAUUACUGACUGAGUGCUGAGCAGUCAAGUUAUUGAUUCAAACCAAAGCCCAGUCUCUCUGUCUGCUGGGCUGGUUACAUCCUGCUGGUUCAUUGCAUUUAAUCGGAUUCCCUGAGCUGCCACACAGAGGGGGUGAGUUAGAACCAGAUCCAUCUAUAAUGUUUGCUUCAAAAUCCAGCUCUGUCUCCCCUUCUCCGUCCAUGGAACAGGCAGAUUCGGAUGCUCUGGACAUCAGCACCAAAGUGCAGCUGUACGGUGUGCUCUGGAAGAGACCCUUUGGGAGGCAGUCAGCCAAAUGGUCCAGGAGCUGCUCUUCAUAAUAUUUGAGUGCUGCAGAGAUUUAGACCAGAUUGAAACUAAGUCAGCUAUCUCUUCCCUGUACCGCUGCCUGCAGAGUACGUGCAACCUCAAUUUUUGAAGAGAGGAGGAGCCCUCCCAGGGGCAUUUCAAAAAUCCAAAUAAGUUAAAGGUGGCACUCCUUUAAUCAUAAUUUUGAGGACACACUCAAAUUCUUCAUCAUUAAGGAAAGCUUCCUGCUAUAUUAUGCCGAGAGUGAGAAGAAAAGUUUUGAAAGCAAUAAAUACUUCAACAUCCAUCCCAAGGGUGUCAUACCCCUGGGAGGCUGCAUUGUGGAGCCCAAAGAAGAGGCCAACAUGCCCUAUGCCAUAAAGAUCUCUCAUGAAGACUUCCACGGUAACAUUGUUCUAGCAGCUGAAUCAGAGUUUGAGCAGGCUCAGUGGCUGGAGAUGCUACAGGAGUCUGGAAAAGUGACCUGGAAGAAUGCCCAACUGGGAGAAGCCAUGAUCGAGAGCCUGGAAGCUCAAGGACUACAGCUGGCCAAGGAGAAACAGGAAUAUUUAGAUAAACUAAUGGAAGAAACAGAAGAGCUAUGUUUGCAGAGGGAGCAAAAAGAGGAACUCGAGCGUCUGAACCAGAUCCUGGAAGCAGAGAAGCAGCGUUUUGAAGAGGUGGUGCGGGAGCUGCGGCUGGAGCAGGAGGAGAUCCGACGGGAGCUGGAGCUCACAGCCCGCUCCCUUAAAGGAGUGGAGGAAGAGAAGAAAGAGUUGCGAAGCCUGACAGAGUCCUUACAGAACACCCUGGAGGAGCUCUCCCUGGAAAAACAACAAAUGCUGGAGAUGCUAGAAGAAAAUGAGAGCCAGAUCCCACCUCCAACCAGCCCCAGCAAGGAGCAAAGCCCCAUCUGGGGACUGCACUGCAGCCUGCGACAGAUUGAAGAGAAGAUGCAGCAACUUCUGCAGGAGAAACUCCUGGCAGAGAAAAGGAUGAAGGAGAAUGAGGAGCGGUCUCGAGCACUGGAGGAGGAGCGGGAGUUUUACUCUUCGCAGUCGCAAGCGCUGCAGAACUCGCUCUCGGAGCUGACUGCAGAGAAACAGCAGGCAGAGAGAGACCUCAAGGCUGAAGUGAAGGUACGCAUGGAUCUGGAGAAGAGACUGAGAGAGGCUGAGGAAGCCUUGCAGAGCUUGGAGCAAGGCUUAAAUUCCCUGAAUUGCAACAAGGAGAAAGAGAAGAAGAUGAAAGCAGAUGUCAGUAACUUGAGAAAGUUCUUUGAGGAGUGCAUCCGCAAUGCUGAGCUGGAGGCCAAGAUGCCUGUGAUCAUGAAGAACUCUGUGUACAUCCACAAGGCUGCCACUCGCCGCAUAAAGAGCUGCCGCUUCCGCUGCCGGAGAACCAGCGCUUCCUGGAAUGACAUGAAACAGUCACAGUCCUUCAUCUUCUCACAUGCAGAAGCUGAAAACAUUGAAGAGCUGAAAGAAGCAGCCAAAAGACUCAGCCGGGACCAGCGCUUUAGGAAAACUAUCUAUCAAAUCAUGAGGUCACAAAAGGAUUCUGCUUCAGGGGACAAAAAGUGACUCUUUCUGGAAGGGGGUUUCUGAGAUCAACCUGCCAUUCAGCUCCACAAAUUACAGCCUUGGCACUAGGCUCAGAAGGGAGAUCUGGCAUUUGGUGGGGAAGGUGGGGGAGAAUUGUAUGUGGGCAAUCCCUUCAGUUAUUGGCUUUGCUUUCGUUUGAGUGCUUCCUGCAGCCUUGGAGAUCUUCUCUGCUGACCACUCCAGACCUGUUUGCUUCAGCUGCUUACUGUAAGCCAUGUUUGGCCAAGAUGCCACAGUCUGUCUUUAAGUGAACCAGAGACCGUAGCUUAGGAAGUGCCUCUCCUUUCCUUCCCUGUGUAGAGUGUUUGCCAAACACAAGUGUUUCUGAGGAAACCUUUAGCAGCCUUUGUUCCAGCUAGUGUAAUCUCCUCAGCUGAGCACAGCUGACCCUGUUCUACCUGAUCCCCUCUAGGACUUGGCUUGCUACACACCCUCAGUCAAUCAGCACUAUGGUGGGGCACAUUUCCUGAAGGCUGCAGCAGUCCCAGCCUCCCAAGCACAGGCAAAAGUAUCAAACACAGGGCCAAACUUUUUGUCUUGAUGCUACAUCAUUUCAAGCAAACAGCAACAACACAAGGUGAAGACAACAGGAGGAUGCUAUGGAUUUGGGUCCAAGGAGGAUCAUGUACAGAGAAGAGCUUAUAGGUAACUCAAUGGCAUUGAUGGAAACUGGAGGGAGUGUUCUGUUGUGUCGAUGGUGGACAGAACGUUCCAGGGCCACCUUUGGACACUUUUUGCACUUGCACAUCUAGCUGUGUCAGAACAGGGGAAUAUGUGCUAGGGAAGGUGUUAUCUAUUGGCUAUCUAUACCUCAGUGUGAAGAAGCCUUUGACUCAGUUUUGAUGGCUUCCUCAACACCUCUGUGAGGUGAGUUGGAGGGCAGGAGGGUGAGGACUGUCCAGCAACAAAAGCCACUGCCACUUCAGGCAAGCUCUAAGGGCUGUGGAAGCAGAGUACAGGAGAGGAGUCACUUUGUUGUGGAGCCCCUUGCAGCCUCCCCCACCUAUUUUAAGCAACCAGUUGGCUAAUAAUUACCCAUGCUGUAGAAACAGUGUUGCCUGGUGCUUACAGACCACAGGAUAAGCACGCUGAGAGUGAUGCCCUGUUUUCUCCUGCAUAUUAAUUGGGAAAUUAGGAAAUGGACAAUGCAAAGGUGAAUGAAGUAAGCAGCAGAGGUACAGUUAGGGGUUAGGAGGUGGUAAAGUGUAGAUUUACUUUAUCUUUCAUGGCAUUAGGACCCCUGGGUAUUAUGUAUGUCCAGUGGCACACAGAUAGUUGCUUGCUACUGUCCCAUUCAGACUGUCACAGUGUCCACUCACAGCCUUUGGCUGCUGGCCGCCUACAUAAUUCCCUACCAAUUUAGUGUUGUUCCUUGGGAGAAGUCAAGGAUGAGGCUGGGAAGCAAGCCUUGUCUUACCAGCCAGAGGAGAGUGGUUAAUGCUGGGUGGAGGAACAUCCUGUAACAGUGUGAUGCUCCUGGAUGGAAUCACUCCAGUGUGACCAGAGGAAAAGCUUUGAAAGCACAGCCUGUACUUCCCAUUUCAGUCAGUUACUGACUAGUAUCCUUCUGCCAGUCAUUAGGAGGUUUCAUUGGGAGGUUUCAUGUCAGGAUCCAGCUCUGAAGAAGGAUGUUUUUGUGAUAAUAGGUGAUAUGGUAGGAGAAGAUUGUCUCCAUCCUUCCUUAGCAUACCUGAUCCUUCUGUGGUUUAUCUACUUGUGUUUAUAUGCUAGAAAGCCACAAAUGAAUUCUUGCUCCUACAAGGCUGAAGGGCUGUGAUAAAGAAGCAAUACAGAAAUGGUUUUUUCCUUUAUGCCAAAUAAUCUCUGGAUAUUUUCCAGUUACAAAGUCCCAAAUAAUCUCUGGAUAUUUUCCAGUUACAAAGUCUAUAUUAGGUGAUGCUGGAAGGGACAGAAUGAAGGAUAGCUAGGGAAUGCAUCUGUAAUUCAGGCAGUUAGGAAAAUCACCCUGUGGCCUGUGAAUACAGCAUUUUUGUUCUAUUACCAUCAAAGCCACAAUCUCUGACUCAUCAGAAGUAUUGUAUGCAGGAGGUAGCCACAUCAGGUCUUCCUUUACUGUGCAUAUUGACAG